UGAAACAUUUAGAUGCUGUGAAAGCUGUCCUGAGAACAGUCCUAGGCGUUUCGCAGUGUCUUUCAUGUUGGUUUCUGCUCAUAGCACUUAACGUCUCGGUAAUUGAAAAGCAAUGGCAGAGCUCUCUGCAGGAACUUUAGGGAAACUGUCUUCUACAAUCGGGUGUUGAUUCGAGUAAUGUGAUUCCAUGCGUUGUUUACUAGAAAAGUGAACUAGCUACUUAACUUAUGAAUGUGAGGUAGUUGUUUCGUCCCGUCAAAGUCGGUAAGAAUAUAUCCUACCAUUGGGCUUUAGUAGCCUAAUUCUAACAGUGAAGACCAAAAUCGGCACUUAAAACCAUUCGGCACACCGACAAGCUUAAGCCGAUGCAUUGCAAACCAUCUCUCAGGUGAGAUAAUGGUAGACUCCCAAUCUCUCAAGUCCUACUGGCCUCUCAUCCGUUUUCUGGUGCCAUUGGCUAUCACCAACAUAGCCAUCGACCUUGGGGAACAGGCUCUGAACAGGGGCAUUGCCACAGUAAAGGAGGAUCGAGUGGACAUGCUGGCCAGCUAUGGGCUGGCAUACUCUCUCAUGAAGUUCUUCACCGGGCCAAUGAGUGACUUCAAGAAUGUGGGGUUGGUGUUGACGAACAGCAGACGGGACCGGCUCAAGGCUUUGCUCUGCAUGGGCGUUGCGGGCACCAUCGCUUUUGUUUUGCACAUCCUCAUUGCUUAUACAGACCUUGGGUACUACAUAAUUAAUAAGCUACACCAUGUGGAUGAAUCCGUGGGCAACAAGACGAGGCGGGCUUUCCUCUUUUUGUCACUGUUCCCAGUUCUGGAUGCCAUGGCGUGGAUCCAUGCUGGUAUUCUCCUCAAGCACAAACACAGCCUUCUUGUUGGCUCAGCCUCCAUAUCAGAUGUUGUUACACAGAUUGUAUUUGUCGCCAUCCUGCUCCACAGUAACUUUGAGUGUGUAGAGCCUCUCCUCAUCCCCAUCCUGUCGCUCUACAUGGGUGGACUGGUACGAUUCACCAUCGUGGGAAUGGGCUACUACUGCAACGUCCAUGAAAACAUUCCUGACUCCAGUAGCAUCGAAAUUGGGGGGGAUGCUACCAUUAGGAAGAUGCUGAAUUUCUGGUGGCCGCUGGCCCUCAUCUUGGCCACACAGAGGAUCAGCAGGCCAGUUGUUAACCUCUUUGUGUCUCGUGACCUCAACGGAAGUGAGGAGUCUACUCAGGCUGUUGCUGUCCUCACCGCCACGUACCCAGUGGGCCACAUGCCUUACGGAUGGCUAACUGAACUUCGGGCUCUCUACCCCGCUUUUGACAAGAACAAUCCCACCAACAAGCGGACUGGUGACGUCUCAGUCACCAGAUCUCACAUAAACAGAUUCAUCCUCUGCUGUUUCCUGAUUUCAGUCACGAUGUGUUUCAUAUUGUUCUGGAGUCCUGGAGUAUCGGAGAGCAUCUUGGUGAACAUUAUUGGAGUCGAUGCGUCAUUUGCCCGACUCUGCGUCACCCCUCUGAGGAUCUUCUCCUUUUUCCCCCUGCCAGUGUGUGUCCGUGCUUGCUUGACAGGCUGGCUCAUGACGCUGAAGAAAACAUUUGUCCUGACACCCAGCUCUGUGCUUCGCAUUGGAGUCCUGAUCAUCGGCCUUGUGGUACUUCCUUAUAUGGGAGUCCAUGGGGCCACACUGGGCGUAGCGGCACUGCUGGCUGGAUUUGUGGGAGAGGCGUCCAUGGUUGCUAUCGCCACCUGUUGCGUCUACAGGAAACAGGAGAGUAACAACAAAAACAAGGAGCUGGUUGCUGAGGGGGAAAACUCCUCCCCCAUGAGGGAGGUUAACCCCACAACCCAAUUAGACAACAUUCUGGAGCUGGGAGAAGACUAACUGAAAUGAGCUGCAAGAAGGCCAAGGGAGAGGGCAGAGGUUGUAUCCCUUGGAAUGCAACGAGACAUGUUGGAAACAGGAGAACACUGGAAGUAUGGUCUUUGGCUGUGACUCAGCUGUUUGUUGACCUUUGAGCAGAGCAGGGUGUUUUUCUGUGAAGAGAACAAUAGCCAUGAUGGAAUACUUCAUUUUAUUGAAGUGUAUUAUCUAGUCAAAAGACUCAUCUUAAAGCGUUGGGAAUUGGGGUUUCAGUUUUACUUCUUAAAUUGACUUUUCUUGAAAUGCCAGGGUUUUUUUUUUAUCAUUGUAGAACACUGAAUUUUUAAGUUUUCCAUGUCUGUUUUAAAUAGAUGUAAAAAUUAUA